AUGGAUGACACAGAUAACUUAACUAGUUUCGACAAGUUCUUGAGUAUACAACAGGAAAUUGCUGCCAUUCUAAGCAACACAGAUUGGUACAACACAAAACCUUUAGGGCAGCUCCAGGCAGUGUGGCGAGAGAUCAGGACAAUUCGGGAAUCACAGCAAGAUCAAAUCAAGAAUCUGAUGAAAGCAUGGCAAGAUUAUGAGCAUGAUGAGGCCAGUAAAACAACCUGUGGACAAGAUGCCGCACACAUAUUGUCACAGGAAGAAUCAGUACAAGGGGAGGUAACCCAAGCCAAACAAUCACUCAUUAAAGCAAAAGAGGAGCAUAAAGAUGUCCAACAAAAGUUAGAAGUCAGUAAGGCAGAGCUAGACAAACUGGUGCAAGAUAGAGAAGUUGUAGAGAAACAGACAACACAGUCACUUCCAAAGGCCAGAUAUGAUGUAAACCUGUACAUGAAUGUCACAAACAUAAGGUGGCAGUUUGACAGUGAACCUGAGGAAAUCAAAGGCUUUGUUUGCAACAAGAAUGAUGUCAAACCAUUCUCAUUGAACAGCAAACAAGUGUCAAAGUUUUUUAUCUCAAAUUAUCUGUGGGACCUGAUAGAGGAAGACUGGUAAACCACAACAGAGGCAGGUUAGAACCCUUCAACAGUAGCUGAAGUGAUGUUAAAGAUGUUUAAAUUGGGAAACAGCUUUCCUGUAUUUCAACUAACUAGAACCUUCAACAGUAGCUCAACAGUAGCUGAACUGAAGUUAGAGAUGCUUGCAUUGGGAAACAGCUUUCCUGUCUUUCAACUACAAUGGGAACUGUUGUAAACUGUUUUACAAAACCGAGUAAUCAUAGCCAGAUAUCUUGAGAAAGGCAGACAGUUUGACAACCUAUUCCGUGUUUGUGCAAUAGAUGUUUAAUUUUGAAUCUAUAACAGAGUUUUCAUUAAGGGCUUUUCCUUAGCAAAUUUGCCAUAAGAAAUAAAAAUACCAGGUAGAUGCUCUGUAAUCGUUAAGAUAUUCCACAUACACUCAGUAGCAGUUGGUAUAUUUACAUAGACACUUGAUAACAAAUUAUGAUAAAACUUGAUAAAUGAUCAAGUAUGAGUAUCCCUUACAUUAAGUUUGUGUUCCAGUUUAUAGUUCUAAAGUCAUUACAAAAUUUGUUAUUUAUAGAAAACAAAUGACGUCAUCACCUUUACUACAGAAUUUAGCAUUAAAUUUUGAUAAAAUUGUGUACAGAAAUAUACAUAUUAAUUUGUAACCUUUACUGAAAAAUAUACCAACAUGCAUAGGAAAUACCUCUCCUUGUUUAUGCUCCACAGUUUCAGUAUAGUUCAAUGUGUAUAUAUUGUAAAGUUAAAAUAUGUGUGUUUAUCUUUUAUGCUUCUUACUCUUUAAAGGAAUUUGUAAUUGAAUCUUGUUUACAGAG